AUAAAGGUUACGUAGCUCUUCGUUGUCACAGUAACGGCGUGAUUUAUGAAAUUAAAAUGUUCAAUACACACAACUGCGAGCAGAAAUUGUCUUUACAAGUUGUUUGUUUUUAGAAUGUAUUUUACAUUAUAAUUUCAUUAGAUACAUGCUGUUCAUAAAUGCUCGAAAAUGUCGACACGUACAGAGCAUGCGCAGUCGGCAACACACUGAAGCGGUAAUUGGCGGAAACAUUGGAGUGUGUAAUUUGUCAAUGAGCAAAAUAGGACUUUUAAGGUCCUGUCUGAGAGAAAAAGUGACCAGCUAAAUCAGUUUUACUUGGGGGAAGAAACAGGACAAAUAGGAAAUUUCACUCUGGCGAGGCAUGAAAUGGCUUCUCUCCCAACAAUGAAGAACAUUCCCAAUGUUGAAAAUGCCUUUAAAGCAUCCAAGAAACACAAAAACAAGAAAAGGAAAAAGGAUAAGGGCAAAAAGCAUGUGCCUGACUUCUUGUUGCACGACGGCUGCCACGAGGCAGUGUUUACACAAAUGCAAGAGACUAAGAAAAGAAAGAAGGCAAAGAAGAAAAUCAAACCGAAGGAAGACUUUCAGCAACCUACAUUAAAUAAACAGUUCAAGCAACCUGAAGAUACGCACCAAACUCAGCCCAUCAUCUGCAUCUCCCCUGAUCAGAAAACACCAUAUUCACCUGUGAAGGAGUGUAAUAGAAGUGUGAAACGUAAAAAGAGAGUCGUUUUCAACUUGCCACCCGAGCAGAGCCAAGCUCCAAAGACAAAUGAUGAAGAAUAUGGAAAGAAGCAGCUGGUCAGUGAAAGCAGCUUGGAAUCCAACACAGCUGAAGAAAUGACCAGCCAAGACCUGUUUAUUACACAGAAAUCAUUCUUGGAUCCAUAUGUGGAGAUCUCCAGCAGCUCAAGCUCCAGUACUAAUGGGAAGGUGCCAGAGAACCUCUCAUGUAGUUUAACUGCUGAAGCAACAACUCAAACCGAAAACUUCUUCACCUUCCCAGCUCUCUCCACUUCGCUCAAGUUUCAGAAGCAGCAGCAGAACACGUCCAAAAGCCUGGAGGAACCAGUAGACCUGAGCCUGCCAAACAGAACAAGACAAAUGCACGGCCCAAAACAACCCACUGUAGAUUGGGAGAAACCACCCAUGCUGAAGAUAUCAGGCACAUCGAGUGAAGACGGCGAUACGGUGCCCAAGGCCAAAGGUGAUCUGCUCCAGCUGAAGGUCAUCCAGACCCGCUUGAAUGAGUCUUUCUUUUUUAAGGUGAAGGGUGAAGAUUCUCCGAAGCCCAUGUGCCCUUUGAUGAAGCUCACGGAAAGAGUUGAGAAAAGAACGAAGAAGUAAAAUCAGACCAAGAUGUUAUACAUUCACGAGGGGGGAAAAAGCAG